CCCGCCGCGUCCGGGCCUUCGCGAGGAAACACCCAGGCCCUGCUCCCCAACUCCCGCUUCCCUUUCCCACUCGUUCCUUCCCAGACCGUUGUCCUUCACGUUCUGUCUCUUGGUCUUAUCCUCACUGAAGAUGACGGUCCCUCUCGGAGAAGGAGCGGAAAUAGCGGAAGGCUGCCCUAGGUUAAGAUGGCGCCGGCGGCGUCAGCGCCGAGGGGCUCGGGCGAGGGCCCGGCUGUGGGCGCCGGGGAGGCGCGGUGCAUUGUGGGGUGGCGGCGGUUUGGGGCCGGGCCGCGUAGCGUUUGGAGGGUCGGGGCCAUGGCUUCCUGGGCCGCUCUUUCGCCCAGCAUCGUGGAGUAUUUCCAGGGCGAGGAUUUCUACCGCUGCGGCUAUUGCAAGAACGAGUCGGGCAGUCGCUCCAAUGGCAUGUGGGCACAUUCCAUGACUGUACAGGAUUAUCAGGAUCUCAUAGACCGAGGAUGGCGAAGAAGUGGGAAAUAUGUGUACAAACCUGUCAUGAAUCAAACAUGUUGUCCUCAGUACACAAUAAGGUGCCGACCUUUACAGUUUCAGCCAUCAAAAUCUCACAAGAAGGUUUUGAAAAAAAUGUUGAAAUUUCUGGCUAAAGGGGAAAUUUCAAAAGGAAAUUGUGAGGAUGAGCCCAUGGAGCCCACCAUGGAGGAUGCCGUUGCCAGUGACUUUGCGUUAAUAAAUAAAUUGGAUAUACAGUGUGACCUUAAAACGCUCAGUGAUGACCUCAAAGAGAGCUUAAAGAGUGAAGAGAAGAAGAAAGGAAAGAGCUCAAAGAGGGAAGAAUCUAAUGAAUUAAUCCAGUCACAAGAUACGGAAGAGAAGUUGGACUCUGGUGAACCAUCACAUUCAGUAAAAGUGCAUACAGUUCCUCAGCCAGGCAAAGGGGCAGAUUUGAGUAAGCCUCCAUGUCGAAAAGCAAAGGAAAUCCGGAAAGAAAGGAAAAGGUUAAAACUCAUGCGGCAGAACCCAGGUGGAGAACUGGAGGGUUUCCAGGUUCAGGGUCAGCCACCGUCUUUGUUCCCACCAAAGGCUAAAUCCAACCAGCCCAAGUCACUUGAAGAUUUAAUUUUUGAAUCUUUACCAGAGAGUGCAUCACACAAGUUUGAGGUGAGGGUGGUGAGAUCAUCUCCACCAAGUUCUCAGUUCAAAGCCACAUUUCAGGAGUCUUACCAGGUCUAUAAACGCUACCAGAUGGUUGUUCACAAGGACCCACCUGAUAAACCAACUGUGAGCCAGGUGAGGCUAGUACCUGUCUCCUUUGAGGACCCCGAGUUCAAGUCGUCCUUCAGCCAGUCAUUUUCUUUAUAUGUCAAGUAUCAAAUGGCCAUACACCAGGACCCGCCUGAUGAAUGUGGGAAGACCGAGUUCACAAGAUUCCUUUGCAGCUCACCUUUGGAGGCAGAGAAUCCCGCUAAUGGACCAGACUGUGGUUAUGGUUCCUUUCACCAGCAGUACUGGCUUGACGGAAAGAUUAUUGCUGUGGGGGUGAUUGACAUCCUUCCGUACUGUGUCUCGUCUGUAUAUUUGUACUAUGAUCCUGAUUAUUCGUUCCUGUCUUUGGGUGUCUACUCUGCACUCCGAGAAAUUGCUUUUACUAGGCAGCUUCAUGAGAAAACACCUCAACUCAGCUAUUACUAUAUGGGUUUCUACAUUCAUUCAUGUCCCAAGAUGAAAUAUAAGGGUCAGUAUAGACCGUCUGAUUUGCUGUGUCCUGAGACGUAUGUUUGGGUACCCAUUGAGCAGUGCCUGCCUUCACUUGAGAACUCCAAGUACUGCCGUUUCAACCAGGACCCAGAAGCAGUGGAUGAAGGUCGCAGUAAGGAACCUGACCGCCUGCAGGUGUUUUACAAGAAGGCCAUAAUGCCUUACGGCGUGUAUAAGAAGCAACGGAGAGACCCGGGCGGGGAGGCCGCCGUGCUGCAGUACGCAGGCCUGGUGGGGCAGACGUGCGCCGAGCGGAUGCUGCUCUUCAGAGACUGAACCGCUCCCUCGCCUCUCCGCCCCGCACCCCUGCCGGCGUUGUGCUGCUGGCGGGGGCGACUUCAUUACCAGCGCAGGUUCAUUCCCCGGGGGCGACUCUGUAACCAUCCGCAGAUUAGACUUCUUAAUUUUGGUGGCUAUAUAGCUUUUCUAAAAUAUUUUGUGGCAAUGUAUUUGUGAGAAUCUCAUGGUUAAUAUAAAGAUUUUUAAAACAUGUUAUGACCGAGACUCAUAAUUGGGGUUUAUCAUUUCGGAAGUCUGGUUUAUGAACAAGAGACGGUAAACUUCUCUUGUUAAUAUUAAAACAAACUGUUUCCUCAGAGCCAUUUAAAACAUUAGUUGAUGCUGAAAGACCUUCGGUGUGGGGAAGAAGUGGGAAUUCUGUGGCAUCACUUAGAAAACGUCUUCUCAAGGGAGCAAAACGGAGCUGUUACUCAGUGUUCAGUAUUCCAUCACUGCCGAACGUUAUAUUAUGUAGUUUAAUAGAAAACUUGAAAAAAAGGAAAUCGUACAAACUUCCAAAAAAGGAUGUUGUGUUAGCAUCGGAUGUCUUUUUACCCAGGACAGUCCUAUUCGUGUCUGCUGUCUUGGCACAGUUAUUUUUCCUAGAAUAAUUGUUACUUGUGCUCCCUUUUACUCUCCAGAGUAUCCCAGUUUGGACAAUAAAAUAUGUGAUUACCCUAGCUAUAUAUUAUAUUGUCGAAACUGGGAUACUUUGCGUUAUUUCUCAAAAUCUAAGAAGUGCAGUUUUUUUUAGAAAGGUGUUGGCUCCUGCCUUGACCUAAGCCCCAUCAAAGGUAAAUAUAGACUAAUUUUUAUUUCCUUAGAACUCAGGACACUUGUUUUUGGUUAUUGAUUAAAAACUAGUUUCUAUCUGACUACUUUUAUAGCUGUGCUACGCAUUGCAUUUAAGUGAGGUAGGCGUCAUCUUGACCUCUGUUCCGGGGCAGGAGGCGAAGCUACACGGUUCUUGCCCUUUGGUUUGGGGGCCAGAGAGGAGACACCACACUUACCAGUCUGCAGCAGAGGCGGGUCCUUCUUUCCCUCUCCCUUCUCUUAGUUGGUCCUUCACUCGUUCAGCGGAUGUCCCUUGUCCCCCACCUUCAAGGCGGCAGGCACUGUGCCAGGAGGUGGGAGGGGGGCAGACGAGUCGAGCUGUGCUGGAGGCGGUGAGGGGCAGAGGAGGUGGACUUCCCUGUGCUCUUUCUCAGCUGACCACCACCUGCUGCCACCUGCUUGGCCACUGAGUCCUUUUCAUUUCUCAUUUUGCCCAUUUUUUCAUUUUCUGUUGAUUGAUCUUUUUAAAAACCUUGUUAUAAAACUUAGUGGCUUGAAUCCCACUACCGAUUUUUAAACUUUUCUCUUAAAUUCACUGAGUUUAGGUAUAAAACAUCAGAAAAUAAUUUCAGCUAGCUAGAAUAAAAGGAAGGAUCAUAAAACAAUGGUUUUAAAAGUCAGACGUCUAGAAGUUCAGCAUCCAAAUAAAUUGCAUUUAUUCAUUCAGGGAGAGAGAGUGUGUGUAUGUGGGUAGCACCUACCAGGUGCUUAGCUGACUGGGGAUAGAGUAGUGAUGGCAUGGAUUUUGCAUUCUCUGGAAUUUUGUCCUUCAAAAUAGUCUCCCAAGAGCAUUUGUUAGACUCUUAUUUAGAGCUGCCUUCAGAAUCUGUGGAACAUAUUAAAAAAUAUUUCCCUCUAAAGUGAAGAUAGCUUAAUUUUUGAAUGAUUUAUGAAAAUGAUACUUUAAGCAAGUAAACAUUAAGAAAAGCAUAAAUAAGAAAGUGAGAAUGACCUGAAAUCCUAUUGAAUUGAAAGAAAUUUCAAAAUAGGACUUCAGAAGCGUUGUGAGUAAUCUCAGUAUUAUUAAAAUAAGUAGGGUAGGUCCGUACCUGGUACCCUUGGCAUUGGAAUGUCCAGGUUGAUGUCAUCAGGUGCGUUAACACCAACUUAAGUCUUAGCGAUUAGUGUGUAGAAUGGAAUUCAUUAAGAUCACAACUCAAGUAUCAGAUGAAGAGAAAGCUUGAAUCUUACUUCUUACCACAACUCUGGGGUUUCCCUGCAGAGUUCAGUUUAGGGUUCCUUCAGAGGAAAAGGAUUAAGCCCCCUAUCUGGAACCGUGGUGCUGUCCCUGUGCGUGGCAUUCUAGGUUGGCUCCAUCGAAGCUCCAGAGAGAGGUGGGCACGAAGAUUCUUCUACUUGGUUGCUAUUUUCGUGUGUUGUUUUUCUGAGAGUAGACAGUGUAUUGAUCCUAACGAACAAAGUGUCUUCAAAAGACAAUUAUUUGUUCUUUUGAGCCCUGCUGAGUGAAUGUUGAUAGUGGGCUAGAAAAGGACAGUCAAGGAGAGUGACUUGCCUCGGUCAGGUGACAAGCAGCCUAGCUGAGAAAUCCGAUUUUACAUUAAUGGCUUUCAUCUAAAGAAGGAUGCAUGACAACCUUUCAAAGAUAGUUUAUAUCUUUUCAAGGCUGGAAGCUUUGCAUUUACAAUCUUAGUGCUGUAGUCCCUUUCUGAUUUCAGAUAAAUUUAUACCUGCCUCCCUGUCUUGGGAGCAAAAAUGUAAUAGAGAUUCCCCAUGCUGUCAUCUUUAUUUAAAUUAUUUCAGUUCUGUGAGAUUUUUGUUAUCUUAUUUGUUUUUUAAUGUAAUCUGAGCACUUUCUUUAUAUUCUGAAAGAUAGAGGCUAUUACCAGAUGAAUAUAUUAUUCAUUUGAUUAAAAUUAUUUAGAUAAGAAAUUGUUACUGUUUAUGUUUGCUUUCAGAUAGCUUAUUCUAAUUUUUAUCCAUUUUACAAAAUAUCAGUUGUAUAUGAUUUCUUAUGUUUUGGAAUUUAUUAUGUAAAUGAAUCUUUUCAGAUUUCUGGACAGUACAUGGUUUCAUUUGGUAAGCUUUAUAUUAUUUCAGUAGAAUAAAGAUGAGAAAGAUGACGAUCAGCAGCUUAAAAUGUAUCUACUGUUGCUCUCUUUAAAGAAGGAAAUGAAAUGGAAACAAUUGGGAAAUGUUUGAAUUAGGCUAGUUACUCAAAUGUGGAUUAUUUUCCAAAAGAAAACCAGUGACUGUAAGACAAAACACGUUUGAUUUUUGCAUGUGAUAUUUUUUGCUCUUGUAUAUGCUUUUUGAACAGUCCAUUUGAUAAAGCUUGAAUGGAAAAAAUAAAACUCCCUGUCUGCAGCGGC